GCAGUGAGCCAUCGUUUCAUGGUAGUUGUUACUGUUUAAUAACAGAAAAGCUUCUGAAUGGAUCGUAUUACUUUCUGCAGAUAAACUGGUAAGAUUGACAUCCUUUUUUGGCUGAAACUGGGUUAAAAAUGUCCACCUCUCCUCUUUAUUCUGAUUGCAAAAAAACCCCCAAAACUACAACAACCUGUCAGUCGUGUCAAAGCAUGCAUUAAAGCUCUGAUAUGUGUUUGACUCUUAAGCAAAUCUUAAACCAUCCUGCGUUACUGGAUCCGGCCCCGGUGGCAUACAUGACCUCAGCCGUAUCAUGCAGGGUCGCGCCGCCCACCCGUAGACCUUUAAGUCGAUGAAAGGACUCCUGUCUGACUAACAGACCGUGUUUUUUCUGCCGAGGCUAAUUCAGAGAAAAACUCCAGAGAGGCAUUUGACUGCUCAUGUGGAAGCCAGCUCCAGUCAUGUGCUCGUCCGUCUCUGAUCAUCCCCUAAUGACCGGGGAGUUACCACGUCCUGCUAAUCCUCUGUGAUGUUCGUGCACACUCGCAAAGAAAAACUGCAGAUUAGGUGGAAGAAUCUCUAAUUUGAUCCGUUUUAUAGACUUGUCAAAAGUUUUGCGUUGUUUUUUUGUUUUUUUUUUUUUAAUGAAAAGCAGCAAAGCGUUGUACUGUGAGCUCAACUCCGGCAGGUUCAGCGCGGCUGCACAAUGGUUGACUGGGACUAUGACUAUUUGAUCAAGCUGCUGGCGCUGGGGGACUCGGGCGUGGGAAAGACCACCUUUCUCCACAGGUACACGGACGACAAGUUCCACCGCAAGUUCACCACCACCGUGGGCAUCGACUUCAGGGAAAAGAGAGUGGUUUACAUGGGAACAGGUGCUGAUGGGACAAGUGAGAAGAAUUUCAGAGUUCACCUUCAACUCUGGGACACAGCGGGCCAAGAGAGGUUCCGCAGUCUCACCACAGCUUUCUUCCGAGAUGCCAUGGGCUUCCUGUUGAUGUUCGACCUGACCAACCAGCAGAGUUUCUUCAACGUCAGGAGCUGGAUGAGUCAGCUGCAGGCCAACGCCUACUGCGACAGCCCCGACGUGGUGCUGGUGGGCACCAAGGCCGACCUCGGCGACCUGAGGAAUGUUCACGCCAGGCAAGCCAGAGAUCUAGCAGACAGAUAUGGGAUUCCCUACUUUGAAACGAGUGCCUUGACGGGCGUUGGUGUGGAGCAGGCGGUCACCACCCUCCUCAACCUGGUGAUGAAGAGGAUGGAGCGGAGCACGCACGGCAGCCCCAGCCCCGAGGCCAACGGGAGCCUCACCGCCAGCCACCAAUUGGAGGAAUACCCCGUUAGGAGGAAGUGCGCCUGCUGAUGUCACCCCCGGCCAGCCUACAUCAGAGCAGGACCCCCAAAACUGUAUAUACUCACCAGAAGCAAACAUUUGAUCCUCGUUUUAAAGCAGCACUAUGUAACUUUUCCACCUUAAUAUCAUAUUUCCAGAGUCAUUGUGAUGGUACAUCAACUUCCAAAAGGUUUAAUGAACCUCUGUCCUGGUCUGAGGGGUCUGUAUCUCCUUCACUGGCACUAUGUAACUUUGAGGAGCAUGGUAGGAACCCUGCCACACUAAAAAACUACACAUUUUUACGGCUUUGACUGCUUUACGGCAUACGUCACUUCCCCCUCCUUCCCGAUUAGCAG